AUGGCGGAGGUAAAAAAUGGAGGCAAUCCAUUGAAUCUACAUCGAAUCUUUCUAUCUUGGUGCAUAUGGACGGACUCCGCGUCAAAAACCGCUUUUGGGAGUUUUCUGCUGUUUCGGCGGGAAUAGUUAGGGUUUCUUCUUAUUUUCUUUAUUCCAUCGCUUGAAUACUGUUUGUGUCCAUUUAGAACCAAUUCUGAAAUUUUUUCGACUUAGGAAGAGCCGUGAUUUGGACAUUGCGCAGCCUUUCAAGCGUCUACUCGAAUUGCUGUUGUUGGGGAAUUCGGCGCAAUUAGGGGUUGACAUAUUGUUUCACGAAAUGGAUCUCAGUGGCAGUUUUUCUGUGAGAAAGCGAAAUUUUUACAUUAUUCGAGCAUUCGUUCGUUUUGAAAUGCACUUCGCAUUGAAAUUUCUCUUUGUGCAAGCCCUGAUGUGGCCGUGGUUAUAGGGAGAUGGAUAGAUAAAUCGCUGGGAUAUAAAAAUUAAGUCUGCACCUCAUGCUCAGCUAAUAUACGAUGAACCAAAUCGAAACGUUUGCGGGUAGUUAUGGAUGCCUCUAAAUAUUUCUGCUUUUACCAUGCCAAAAAACCAUCAUAUGGUUGAUCGGCACCAUCCCGUCUAUGUUUCAUUGUUAACCAGAAGUAGAAAGGAUCUCAGGUUUAUUAUACUUUAUCUGAACUUAGAAGCCCAGGCUUGAACUGGACUCUACAUAUCUUUGUCAAAUUAAAUGUUGUUCGCUGAAGUUUAGUCAUAAUUUAUCCUUCCUCCACAAAAAUAUUAUUUUCUUCAGAAAGGAGACGUGAGUUUAAGGCUAUAUGCUAGUCUAUCUCGCAGUUUUACCUAUUAACUACUAAUGCGCUUUACCGGAUCACGAAUCAUUUUCUCGGAUUUUAUUGUAUACUUACUUUCUGUGCGUGCCUCACACAGUAAUUCCUUUCUUUCUUUAAUUUUUUUCCUCCGGUCUUGAUUGUGUAUCCUUGUUGGUUUUCGGAUUGUUUCCCUCGUCACAUAAACUCUUUUUUUAUGUCCACUUACUUGUCCGACAGAUUGAGAUAAAAACUGCACCGGCUGAUUUCCGGUUCCCAACCACGAAUCAAACAAGACACUGCUUCACUCGCUAUAUUGAGUAUCACAGGUAAUAAUUCUUUGAAGCAAUAUACUCGAUGGAUUAGUGGGUUUUUUUUUUUAUCGUGGAUUAAAUCACUAACUGUCGAUGUAGGUGCUUGGCAGCAAAGGGGGAAGAAUCUACCGAAUGUGAAAAGUUUGCAAGAUAUUAUAGAUCCCUUUGCCCUGGGGAAUGGGUAAGUCCUCAAACUCUUAAUGUUGCCGAUUCCCUUCUGCAUAAUUUGUGGGGGUAUUUUAAUUUCUGCUGCUGAUGUUCUAUGUUUCCUGGUUUUUAUGCUUUCUUUCAGUCAGUUUACUAUUUAUUGAUACAGCAAUCAACAUAAAAAUUUCUGCCACUAUCUGUCAAUAGUUGUAGCUUCUUUCUCUUACUUCUCGAUUGAAAGCUUCUUGUCACAGGUUAAGCACAUUCUGUAUGAAGCACUUAAUAAGUUGUGCUUGCCUAGUUGGGGAAAAUAUGCUCCCAUAUAAUGAGAUCCAAGGUUUUUUUUCUAAACGAGUUAUUCAUAUCUUCCUCUCUUCCAUAUUGGAAUUGUGGGAUACCAAACAAGCCCGAAGAAACCAACUUCGGCAAGUCAAAUACUAGGAAGAAUAACUACCCACAAGAGAAACCCUCUCUUAAGGACCUCUCACGAAAUGGCGCAAGUCAACACUCUCACGCCAUUUUGUAAGUAUGUUUAAUAUUUAAAACUUAUCUGCAUUCAUAAUUGCUGAUGAAAAGGAAUAAUGGGAUUCUGCGAACUUGAAUUCCAUUGAUAAUCAUGUGGGAGGAACACAGGAAAAACACUUUUCCUAUGCGCCAUUUCUGAUCACAAAGCUCUGCAACAUGCAAGGUAGUUCAUCAGCUUCCCGAGAGUCUCUUCUCUUUUUUACUUAAGUGAAUACCACAUAGAGAGGAAUAAAAAAAUGCUUUUUCAACAGAAUAGAACCUUCAAUUUAACAUCUUCUCCAAGAUGAAGGCUUUCCUCAUAGAAAGAAAAAAUUUCUAUACAUGCACUCUCAUCAACUGCUCCUCAACUGGAUGCGCCUGACUGAGAGGAUUCGUUGUAUCGCUUGUUACAAUUUCCAUCCUUUGAUAUACUGUCAAGUGAGACUGUUUAAUACAGGUGGGUCAAAUUUUGGUGUCUCAACUUUGAUGAUAAUGAUUAAUGAUUUUAUAAAAGAUGAUACUAUUUGUCAUCGUGUUGCUUUACUACAUAUCAAGGCAAUAAUCCUUGGAUUUUUCAUAAAAGUGUCAAAAUAUUUACGAAAUCCUUCCGACCCUUUUCAAAGCUCCCUGCAAGCGGGCAUUACUCACGUCUGGAAAAGCUGCAGAUGCCUUAUGAUGUGGUUCCUCUGUUGAUUCUUGCAGAUCGAAAAAUGGAAUGAGCAGAGGGAGAACGGAAAUUUCCCAGGUCCCCUCUGA